UUUAUACGCGUUUUUUUGCGUUUUUCAAGGUAUUUUGUCAAGGCGGUGUUAACAGAGGGCUAUCCAUUUACAAGAAUGACCAUUAGGACUGAGAACUUCGACUACAUUACCUCUUGAUAAUUUUAUAAAGCAUGUUUUUGGUUAAACUAUUUCACACUGGUUUCAAUUCUUCUUUCAGUUAUUCUUUUCGAACUUAACAUGCUUUACAGAAGAACGGUAAGUUAGUAUGAUCAAGGAUCCUAUCCAACUAUUGCCUAAAACAGUGGCCACCUUGGCAGUAGUCCCACUUUAGGAAGCAGUUCUUUCAAGUUUAAGCCCCUGCGCGUUCACCCGCCCUGCACCUUAGAAUGGUCUGGGGAGGAAAGAAUAACAAAGGUGCAAGAGUCGAUGAGGUGCCUCGUACCCUGCGCGUUCUAGCGGAUUCGUAAUCGAAAGCGACUGGAGAGAUUUUGCUCUUGCAAGGGAUCCCAGCUUCUCGUGGCGCCAGCGCUUAGCGUUCCCAUGGUUCAUUGCGCGAUACUCCUUGAUCACUCGCAGGCGCUUUUUCUACCAAACACUUGAGACGCCCAGGAACGAGGCAGGUUGAUGAGUGUUGACUGUCUCUGAGGGAAACGAUAGGUCAAAGUGUCAGCCUGUAUUGGUUUCUUCACCCUGCUGUCUGUGCGUCAUAUUUCUUCUGUUGCUUUCAUUCGCUUGUUCCUUAUGUAUGCUUCACUUCUUCUUGUAGUCCACUGGCGAGAGAAGCGAAGUAGCCUGUGGUUGGUGUGCUAUGAAGCUGUUUGAAGAAAACGGAGCACCAGUGCCGAAUAAGUAAGGAAAUACAGUCAUUUUAACGGACCGUCCUUCUUCGUAACCUUUUAACAGUGGGGGAAGUGUCUCACGUAUUCGAGUAUGAUGGCUUUUUUUACCUUUUUUUGACAGAACGUAUGAAAUACCUCUCAGUGGAGGAACUCCAUAUGACACUGGAGUUGAUCUAGAUCCGGCGGUCAGUUUAAAAGGUAACAGUUCUUUUACUUACCUUCUCACUUGUUUUGUGUUCUUGCCCAGGCUUCUCUCCUUGUACCUAGACAAAACCAAGUUCUGGCUCACUUUUGACCGUGGCGAAUGCGAAAAUCGGAAAAUUAGUUUAUAGUAAAAACUAAUCGCUUUAGUGGCCACCAGGCGGCCACUGUUGGAGAAGCAAGAGUGCGACUGUUUCCCAACUACUUCUUUGGGAACCAAUAUGGACUUUAAGAUCCAACGACACGACGAUAACGUCGCCUAAAAAGUGAAUUUGCGUUUUUUCAGUCUUUAUCGCGAUUAUUCCUACUUACUUUGUCAAAUGUAGGCGAACCCUCCUGAAGUUGAAUUUCAAGGGACCCAUAUUCAAGUUCAUAAAGCGAAAUAAAAUUUCGUCGUUGCUUGUUUACUUUCUCCAUAAAACCCGAAAUUGGGCCUUUUGACCUCGUAGUCGUGCAAAAACGGGAAAGAAAUGUACAGAAAAGCGUGAUGCACGUGCAAAGUUGUUUUUUGGGUGGAGGACCUAUUGUUGGUUUUAGACGUUCUCCUUGCCGUCGUGUCGUUGAAUCUUAAAGUCCCCAACUGUAAAACACCACGGACGCUCAAGGGGGCGCCCAGCAACAACAUUCACAUCAACUAGAGAGUGACACCGGUCUUUCGAGGCAGGAUCAUGGCCAACAGACGGGAAUGGGACAGACUUAUAAUCAAUGCGGGUGGGCCCGAAAGAGAUAGAUAAAACUAUAGGCUUGUCCACGAGCUGCGAAGACCGAGCGGGAACCGCAAAAAUGUAACAGAUGCGCUAUGCACGAAAAUCGGUUGUAAAGUCUGAGCAAAGGUCCUUUAUGUUUGUCACUGAUUCAAAACUAGGUUUUUUGAGAACAUAUUCCAAAGACAAAAGAAAGAAACAGGAAUGAAAAACGUUUGUCUUAUAUUAAUGGGAUUGAUGGAUUGAUCGUAAGUAAUUGUUACUCUUCCAGCCAGCACUAAUCGUUUCCAACAAGUUGUGCGUGCAAACCGACAGCCAAGACUGACAGUAAAACUUGUCUCUUACCAGAGAAAAGAGAUGUAUGAGUAAGUAUCAGUCGGUGCUUUCUUUGUACACCGGUAAAAACCCCUUGCCGUUGUCCCGUGAUAACCGUGUUUUUAAUUUCUGUAGCAUGUUACCAGAUACUCUGUUAACCUGUCACGUGUAUGCUCAGUUCAUCUCUCUGUACCGACAACUUCUGACCGAGGCUGUCAUGGACGAGUGGCGCGACUCACAAGAUGCAGGUUAUAUUUAAUUACUUAUUAAAUUUAUAUUGGGGGGGGGGGGUUAAGUAAAACAAAAGGUUAUUCAUGCAAGGGAAAAUUUAAGUAAAAAAUAAUUCUUGCAUGUUAGAUAGCCCAGAAAAAAAAUUGUGCACGACAUUUUGACGAAAAAAACAAUCAUGGAAGGGAAAUGUUAACGACUCCCCCUCAUAAAAGAAACAAAUUUGGCCUUGUUAAGCCCGGUUUCCAUAUGAUCGCGAUCAUAUGGAAACCACUCUCCAGCGAUCGCCGCGACAACGAUCGCUGAGAUAGAGAAAGUUCUAUCUCAGCGAUCCUUGUCGCUGCGAUCGCUGAACAUUUUUUUUUUUUCCUGAGCGAUCGCGGCGAUCGUAGAGAUCUUAUGGAAACCGGGCUUAACCUGCUUUGGAGUUUAUUGUCAAGAGCAUGCAUGCUUCUAGACGUGAAGCUUGUUACGGCGACGGCUACGAAAACGUCACGUUAUCGCGCUUAUUCCAACUCGUUCAAUUCGUCAAUUGUUGGCAAAUUUUUUUAGAGUUUAAUUCCAAACUACCGUAUCAAAGUUCAGGAAAAGAAAAAGAAAGUCGUUGUCUUGUGUUCACGUCCUCGACAAAACGUGAAAAAUGAGCCACUUUCACGUGGUAGUCGUGCAGCGACUGCAAAGAAAUGUACAAAAAGCGUGAUGCACGUGCAAAAUUGUUGUUUUGCCAAUUUAAACCUAUUGGUUUUUUUUGCCGUUCUCGUUCAGUUGUGUAGGAACUGCUCAUAAGGUCUCUCCUGAUUGGUCGCACAAAACAAUGACAUGUCAUUCUUUCAGUUGUUUCAGUAUUCUUUGGGUCAGGGUUAGGCACCAUUGGUGACGUUGGCGUUGCCGUUGCGUUGCAGUCGUCGUUGCUUAAGCUCCCCAAUAUAUCUUUGGAAAACAAAUAAAAUCCCUAAAACCCGUCUUUAAAAACCAUAUGAGUUGUCAUGCUCAAGGGGACAGGUUAGCUCAAGAGGCAACCUCGUUCAUGGGGCUCACGUUUUCCUAAACCAGCGGUCGUGGAGCACUUGAUCUGUGAGUAGGAUAUUGCUUACUGAGGUGCUCGCCUUUCGUCCUACAGGUUUUAUAAUGGAUACACUUAUUUCAACUUUUCCUAAGAUACUUUAUACCACUGAUGUCAUGGAUGCACUAAAGGUGGGUUCGCUAUGAGUCAUUUUGUAGUCUCAAGCAAUUUCUUUUUAAAGGAUGGAAAUCCGAAAUGUGUGAUGUUAGAUUAAAUAUUUUUUAUCAGCAGAUUUGCUGCGAUGCGAUGUUCCAGUUUGUUGGAUUUAAAAUCCGAUUCUAGUUUUCGGAUUCAGAUUCAAGAAUUCGACCGUCCAAAACGCAGCAUCAUUACAAUAUCUUAUUUUAAAAAAUUACGUUUUGAUUAACUGAAAGUUUAUCCUUUAUAAUUAACCAGUCUGUUUUUCUUUUUAUUUAUUUAUUUCUUAAAAUUAUUUUUAUUUCCUUAGCGUUGCUGGGACGAAAAAAAUAAACGAGAACUCAAGAGAUCUCAACGAGUAAGCAAAUUGGUUAUUUGUCUUUUUCUUAAAUUUGCCUCUCCUGACUCGACCAUCAUUAAGUUGUGGCAGUGACGUCACGGUUGACUCGUUCAUUUUGUUAAUAAUGAUUGCCAGUUACGCCUUAUUUUUCUCUGACACUUAAGACAUUACUUGUGGAUGGCAAAAUUACAGUUUUGUGUCAAACAAAUAUCUCCCAAGCAUUAUAUCAAAAGCUACAACUAACAAAAAUGAACUUUGAAAACUGUUACGCUAAAAACUUUCCAAAAACCACAAUUGUAAUCCGUUUCAAUCUUCAAGUUCUGUCCAUCCGUGCCUCCUCUUGUACUUGCUGUGCUAAUUAUACCUUGCUUUCAAGUCUUGAGCAGUUAUUUUUACGUUUCAUUCAUUUUGGUGACGGUUCCUACUGUCUGGGUUUUGAUAAAUUCCGCGACACAGCUCCUUUAACUCAAAGUAUAAUUUUCGCGUAACUGUUGCAAGACAAAACAUAUCCAUUGUGUUGACAAGACGAAUCUAUUCCCUAAUUAAAAACUAUUAGUAAAGUUGUGUUGUUUUCGUUAGAGAGAUGGUGCUCACAUGCGAAGAUUCUUUAGGGAGGUUUACAUGGACAGUGUUUUCCCACUGUUAAACUCGGCUGAAUUACCGCCGUACAUCUGGGGCAGCGACGAGAGAGAGAAGGUAAACACGUAGUUAAAUUUGUCGCAGGAUAUAUUUCUUGGAACUGUAAAAAUUAAUAGAACACCUGUAACUUGAAGUCACAGAUUUGCUUAAUGCAAGGAUAAUGAAAUACAACGCAAACAAUACCAGAGAUGAAGAGGGCAUGAGAAAGCCAAUUUUGAGGUUACUGACAUGUAAGAGAUUUUAUGGCUGUUGGAAUGUCUGCAAAAUUAAAACGGUUUGUUGGGAAAUGACGGAUCAAUAAUUUCUGGACCGCUUGGCGUAAUGUCUUGCGACUUUUUCCAUUACUGCAUGUGUUUUCUCCGUUAUCCAAACUACCAUACCAUUUUAAACCCUGAAAAUUGACAGACCUACCUUUUGUUUUAUACUCCAUCAAUAUCUGGUAUUUUAGGGUUGUGUAAUGUAUUUUGGCACGAGAAGGUGCACCUGACCUACUGAGCCGCAAGGGGGCUUAAGAAACCUUUAUCGUCUAAAUGUGCUGGCGCAGUUAUAGCAAUUCAGGCGCAGCAGAUGAUGCCCAUUGCAUGACUAACACACUUCACACACGAACGCGCGUCACGUUUGAUUGUGGUAACCUUGUAACCAGUCUCUGCGCUUACUACGUCACUUCUUGCGCGGAGCCUUCACAUCUUUCCGCUUAGGCUAGCUAGUCUAACGAAGGUAUUGAUCAAUGUUAACUUUAGUGUCUGUCUUUUUUAGGAACGGCUAUCGUGGAUUCUGGCCUAUUGUGAAAAGCGGACUGCAUCGGAACUUUUAUUUUCACCAGAUAGGAUUUAUAAACCUUUUAACGUGGAUCGGUUCACCCUCGACUUAUCUAAACUUACUCCAACGUAGUAGGUGUGAACAGUACCUAAGUGACUGUAAUUUCCGUCUUUUGUAACUGCAAGUAAGAACGCCUUAAAGGAAGUCAACAAGAGUGCAUUUAUUUCACUGAAGGCUUUGACCAACGUAUUUCAUUGUUUCGUUUUAUUUUUU